UGUGCUAUAUCUUUGAUUAAUUAUCUUUCUCCUCCUUGAAUUUUUCAGCCUGAUUGAGAGACCCCUUUAAUAGCACCAAAAUGAAUUAUCUUUUAACCAGUUCAGCUCCCAACAGCCAAAUUCCAUGUGCCUUUAGUCGCAAACCUUCUCCUAUGACUGGCCUUUCUAGCUUGUCCCUCGAUCUACUUAUACGCUACAUCGAUAACGUUUUGUCAGCUAUCAUUAACCAGGGCUUGGGCUGCAAAAUAUUUGACAGUGGAACAGAGCUAAGGGAUUUAGUGCAACCUGUUGCCGCAGACUUUUCUAAAUUGUUUGAUGGCAUUUCAGAGGGUGCAAAAAUGUUCUCGGAUCAGAGAUUCUUGAAAUCUCAGCUUUCUACCGAUGCACAUUCAGUGGCGGUAGAUGUAUUGAAGGGAUUGGGGAGUACACAUUGGGUUGCAGUGGGGCUUUUAGCGAUAGCUAAUGUAUUAGAAAGAUUCGACAACAUUUCUGCAAAUGAUAGAGAAUGCAUUGACCUUCUUAAAGCUAUGCUUAAGCUUGGUAAGUACUUGAAACAAGUGAAAGAUAUCUAUGCUGAUUUGCACAAAGAGAUUUUAGAGGAUAUGAGCGAAGCUGCUAAAUUGAUAGUUUCUGGUGCGAUUCUGUGUUGUUCUUUUAUCACAUCAAAUAAAUUAUCCAAGUUCCUGUUAACUAAGAAGAUCCGCGAAGAACUUGUCUAUGUUCGGGGUAAAGUAGAUUCUAUGAAAGCCGAUCUGAUGCUUCAGAUGCAAGUUCUGACCGUGACUACACUUACCUUCUAUCAUCGGCAGAAUAAUGUUUCAGGUUGA